UGGGAAUGGGGCGGUGAGCACCAGUGCAUGACAAUACUCCUCCAAAAUAAACAAGACGAACAAACUCCUAGUCUAUAAAUGUAAAAGUGUUUUUAAAGGUGGACACUUCUGGGAUGGCAACUUCACUUCUUGGGGAAGAACCCAAGUUUGGAUCUACUCCUUUAGCCAUGCUGGCUGCAACCUGUAACAAAAUCGGCAGCCCGAGUCCUACAUCUGCCAUGAUCUCAGACAGCGCUUCAUUUGGCAAAGGUUUUCAUCCUUGGAAAAGAGGUUCUCCUGGAAGCUGUAGUCUCAGCUCGGGUCUUUCGUCUCGAGGAGGAAGCGGCCUGGCGGAAACGUACAGCUCAAACGGUUCUCCGGUUUCCAGCGCUUUUUCACUGACCACAAGCAGCGCGUCCGGGAGCCCCUUCGGGAGCGAUUACUCCGCGUUUCAGACUUCAGUGUCCAUCACAGGUGGAGUUCAGGAGCCCAGCUCGCAGCCCAUGUUCAUCUCCAAAGUGCACACUUCGGUGGACAGCCUGCAGGGUAUAUACCCGAGGAUGGGUGUCGCGCACGCGUACGACUCUUGGUUCAAGUCAGGCAUCGCGCCUGGGGACGUGGGCGCGUCGGCCGGAGCCUCGGCCUGGUGGGACGUGGGUACAGGUUGGAUCGACAAUCCAUUAAGCACCAACGGCCUCCAGACCUCGCUGCAUUCUCCUUUAGGAGGCUACAACUCGGACUACUCGGCUGCGCUCGGCCACUCCGCGUUCAGUGCCGCUUCAUCGCCGCAUCUUCUCGCCAGCGGGCAGCACCUGGUGGAUGGAUUCAAGCCCGUUUUGCCGGCCUCGUACCCUGACUCUAGUUCAAGCUCAGUGACGGGCGCUAACGGGGCUGUCCUGACUGCAUCGCCUGCUGUAACCCUGUCGGGUUCUCCGCGCUCGUCUGCACGCCGCUAUGCUGGCAGGGCAACCUGUGAUUGCCCGAACUGCCAAGAAGCUGAACGGCUCGGGCCGGCUGGAGCAAGCCUACGGCGCAAAGGGCUGCACAGCUGCCACAUCCCGGGCUGCGGUAAAGUCUACGGUAAGACGUCUCACCUGAAGGCGCACUUGCGCUGGCACACGGGCGAGAGGCCGUUCGUGUGCAACUGGUUGUUCUGCGGCAAAAGGUUCACACGCUCCGACGAGCUCCAGAGGCACUUGCGCACGCAUACCGGCGAGAAGCGAUUUGCCUGCCCGGUGUGCAACAAGCGCUUCAUGCGCAGCGACCACCUCAGCAAACACGUGAAGACGCACAGCGCCGGGGGCGCAGAAAACUCAGCGUCGAGCGGCGGCGUGUGUAAGAAGGGCAGCGACACCGAGAGCGAGCAGAGCGCACCGGGCAGCCCCGCGUGUCAGUCCCCGGACAACACCGCGCACUACAGGUCCAGUCCAGACCGCAAACACGAACGACCACAAUACAAUCAACUGAACACACUGAAUUUGUAAGAUAAACGUUAAAAAUCGCAAGAAGGACGUGUAAUUCUUACUUCUAUCCAUCCAGUCCUUAACGUGAAAGAAAAACUUUUUCAAAUGUCAUUUUAUUCAAAAGUCUCAGGUGUCUUCAUAAACACACACCAGGGAGCAGUGACAACUUUCAGAAAACCUGGAGACCUUCGUGCGUCAAAACAACAACAACAAAAACAUUAUGUUUACUGUAUAUAUUUACGUUUAGUCUGAAAUGUCUUGUUUGAUUGAACUAUACUGAGGCACUUUAUACUUUCCAUCUUUUAAAGAAGUUUUCUUCAUGGUAAAUCCAAAAACACCUUCAACCUUCAACCGAGUAAUGCGAUCAGUUUUAAAAACAAUUGUUUACCAAAAACAAUUGAUCCAAGUUUUCUGAAAUGUGUGAAAUAUUCUCAAGCAAAUGAACACAAUCCAAUCUCAGUGUGGUUUUGUACUGUAUUUUUUGUUUUUUGUUUUUUAUUUCUUUCUGACUAGAACCUGCUCAUAUAUUCACCACAGUGCGCUGAUGUGUAAACAACAACAACAACAACAACAACAACAACAACAGACAAACCGCAAAAAGUUGUACAGUGUGUCUCAGUUUUAUUUAUCCACGAGUUUGAACUGUAUUUUGAAGUCUAUCAGAGUCGCACUUUGAAUUUAUAUAUUUAUGAUUUUUAGUAUAGAAUGUUCAUGUUUUUUUUAUUUAAUCAUUUUUUUUUGUUUGCUGGUUUUAUUUAAUUGCGCAUGCGUGUUUGUAUUUACUGACGAUUGGUUUUAAGGUUACUGUCUUUUAAUAAAGUCAGAUUGAAGUUUGACUACAAAUGAGAAUGAAAUGAGUUCUUACGUGUUCUGGUUUCCGGUGAAGCGCUGAAAAUAGUCGGGAAAAGAUUUUUUUUUUUGGUCCAUUGUGAACUGUGUGUUACACAAAAGGUUAAA